AGAUCUUUAUUUAGAGGGAUAGAAGCCUUAAACUGGAAAAUAAUCAACACGAAAUAUGCAGUCAUAUUCAAUGAAACACACACACACACACACACACACACACUGAUCCUACAGUACUAACUGGUCAACAUUUUAAUUUUCGUGACCUAUUUUAUAUGUACAAAAGCCAAAUGAGCGUAACGUUUUCUUGGAUGUUUUACUUCACAGGGGCAGUGUUUCCUCCCUGGCGUAUGUGCAAAUGAUCAGAUGAAGUUUACCAAGAAAAUAUCGAAACGAAUCUUCGUAAUCGUUGUUGUUACGCUGGCAACGUUUGGCUUCAUGAUUGGUGCAACCAUCACUAUGCAACCAGUCCCCAGAUCGCCUGAAGGCGACGGUGGAGUAUGCACAGACAUAUUUGAAAUUGGCGAAAGGGCGGAAAAUAUGUCGAGCAUGAUGGAGUUGGCCGUCAGGGUGAUCAGGAAGAAGAGGAAGAUGAAGAUGUUUGCUCCUUUUACAUUCUAUGAGAUUGUGAGUUACGAGAUGCCAUCAAUGGUUCGCGAGGUGGCCGACGGCUCCGGCCUCAACCACUCCAACGUCACACUCACUCAGACAUGGAGACUUCAGCAGACGAAGGGUCAGCUGCCUCACCUGGCAUGCCGCUUGCGGGAAUUGCGGGACGAGGAUAUCCGCAUCUGUGUUCAGAGGCGGCGGGAAACGGUAGGCUCCACUCACAUUGCCUACGUGGGGGACUCCCGUGUGAGGCAACAUGUUGAGGUGCUUCUCGACCACAUCCGACACCUCCAGCCCAAAAUCACAACCCAUCUGGGCGAAGUGAUCACUGUUGAGAAGUUCCUGGGAGAAGAAGGCCUAAAGAACUGGAAGAAGUACAAGCAUGACUUCCGCAUUGAGUGCACUAGGGCAUUUGGUCUCAUCGUGGAUUUCCACUGGGCAGCUCUCAUUGACAAGGGAGAGAAACCCCCCAGCGGGGAGGAGGCGACUAAGAUUGGGGCACUCGACCUCCUCCACCGUUGGCUCGAGGCGCCCAGUGACCAGAUACCUGAUCUUAUCAUUUUAAACACGGGUGCAUGGCAGCUGAUGCAACAUAAGCCGACUGUGCUACAGCAGAUAGAUGAGGCAGCCAUAAGCGUGAUGACCACGCUGCGGCCCCUAUUGCAUCACCUUGCCUCCCGUUCCACUGUUGUCUGGGCUCUUCCUGAUCCCUUCAAAGAAUACGUCAGCCAUGACUUUAGUGGAAAGGGACAUUUCACUCAACAGACGAAUGAUAUCCUGGAGUGGCUUCUAAAUGCACAGAUUGACCUACAGGCACCUGGGGUAAUAAUAUGGGACUCCUUCUUACCUGUAGCUUAUGCAUCAAGGUCAGAUUGCAUAAAAUUAUACGCUGAAAAUGUCGAUCUAAAUUAUCUUCCAAAAUUUUCAGUAUUCCCAGGCCAACUUUCAUGGCACUGCUCUGAAAGGAUGCAUGUUGGAUUUGAGGCUCUGAGUGUGGCAGUACAGAUGGUUUUAAACCAUAUAUGCAACCCACACCUCGGUGGAAAUUAUUGUUGCUCUAAUUCCUACCAGUCAUCCACUAUGUGAGGACUCCUACCCACA